AUGUCUGCGCGGUUCAGAACGGUUGAUGUCGACGAUCAGGUCCAAGUCGCACUCCUCCGGAAGGAUUCUCGUCGUUUGCGCUAUGUUUGCAAUGCCGUUGGUGACAGUCACAGCGCGUUCAUUGAUGCAUUCACGUCCUACCCAACCCUCUUGAGGAACCUUGAAAUUCGAGGAACGGACUUCAUUGCGACGAAGGAACAAAUCAACAAAGCUAUCGUCGCAUUCUCUGGUACCCUCACUAGAUUCAUAAUUCACAAUUCCCUUCGAAUGUCGUACCAGGAAUUUUGCGGAGUGCUCAAGUCUCUUGGUCAUUGUAAAAUGCUUCGAGCAUUGACACUUCCGCCUCCUGGUAGGGGGCUUGGUGACUGUCCUUCAACUCGACAACGCGCUGAUGAAGCCCAUGCUGCGAUUCAAGCGAUGGCUCACGGAGAAGAGGAAAAGGCGAAACUAGCAUUCCUGCAGCUCAUCCCUUCAUCGUAUCGCCACGAACCUCAAUAUACUGGUAAAGCCCCUCGCGCUGAAGAGUACGAAUGGCUUAGUGGGCGUAGGUGCCCUUUUGAUCUCAGCGAGCUCGAGACACUGGUUUUAGGUGCUGUCAGUACUGCGCAGAUCCUUCUUCCUUCGAUUUCGGAGCACCUUACGAGGCUUGAGUUUUGUCUACCAUUUGACAACCGUUGCGCGUGGACCGAAUAUGAGAAUCUUCUAGGAGCUCCGAUCAUUCUGCCUGCAUUGCGAUAUCUCGGUUUGACCUUUCAUAUACACCCAUCGAACUGGUUGCUGGAUGUCAUUCGAACGCCAGCGAUAAAGACCAUCUGCAUUAAAUGGAACACUUCUAUCUCAUACAGCACAUAUGAGACUCAGUUCAGGAGCAUCGACAAUCAAAUAUCCAGAUUGGACGAUGGCCACGGUAUUCCCCAGCACCUUUCAAAUAUCCACCUUUUAACGAUAUUUUGUCCUGAUGCCCAUUGGUGCGCACAGACCUUUCCGCUUUGCACUCAGCUUGGUGUCAAUGUCUCUUCAUCUACUGGUAGUACUGGUAUCUAA